AUGUUGUCAGAUAACAUUAAACAAAAGAGCGAAAAGAAACUCAUUGCUGACUUCGACGCUGUUUCAUUAUACCCUUCAGCAAUUGCAAGACUCUAUACUUUAGAAGGUAUACCGAAAGUAUUGAAGGAAGAAAUGUUAAGCACAGAGUAUCUCAUGAGACAUUUAUUCGAUGACGACCAAAAGGAACCCAUUGGUGAAAAGUUUGUGUCUGGCUUCUUUGUUCUCAUUAAGAUAACAGAGAUUGGAAUACAUAGACACUUUCCUUUAAUAGUUUGUGACCCUGAACUAAAUCCAGAACUUAACGUUCCCAGAAGUUCAAACACUUGCUGUUUAAUGUAUGUUGACCAUAUAACAUUACAAGACCUCAUAAAAUAUCAAGGUGUCAAAUGUGAAGUGUUGCAAGGAUACUAUUACGAUGGAAACAGAGAUAUUAGAAUAAGAGAUGAAGUAAAGAAGUUGUUUGAGUUAAGGUUAAAGUAUAAGAAAGAAGGAAAUCCUUUGCAAGAAAAUAUAAAGCUCAUUCUGAACAGUAUUUAUGGCAAAACUAUUCUAUCUCCUAUUGAGUCAAAAAUAACCAUAGUAAAUGACAAAGAUGCUAUAAGAUAUGCCAUCAGAAACUACAACCAUAUAGUGAAGUUCGAAGGUUUGGAUGGUUCAGAUAAAACUAUUUUCAAGCUAACGAAAAGCAUUUGCAGACACUUUAACUUCUGUCCACUUGGUGUUAACAUUCUGUCUAUGUCGAAGAGAAUAAUGUGUGAAGUAUUCUGUACUGCUGAGGACUUAGGAAUGGACAUCUUUUAUAGCGAUACGGACAGUAUGCAUCUCUACAAUGAAGAUAUCCCUCGUUUAGCUGAAGAGUUUGAGAAAC